CCGCCCGCGCCCGGCCCCGCCCGGCGCGGGGACCGCCCUCCGCCCGCGGAGGCGGGGGCCAGGCGCUCGGGGCUCUCUCGGCGGUCCCGGCCGGUCGUCGCUGCCGCGCGGUGAUUCCCACGAGCCGCGCGCGCCUCCGCCGGCGGAGAGCCCAGACCGCGAGGAGAGCCCAGACGCCCGCGAGGACGCGAUGCGAGCCAGGCCUGAGACGGAGAGAGAUGGAAGCAGGGAGUCAGCUUAGAACACUGGCUAAGACUGGAUUGGCCGCUGCCUCUUCACCCUCCCCUGUGGUUUUGCUUCCUUGCCUUGUAAAAAUAAAGGAAGAAGCACAUUGCAGAGCUGACAUAGUGCGGCAUGGGUCCCUGAGCUAGAAGGAUCAGCAAUUGCUAGAAAAACUGGAGGAAGAAAUAUGAAACCUUAGUAGUUUACCCAGGAAGAGAGCUUCAGGAUGGCGGCUCAACGGAUCCGAGCCGCCAACUCCAGUGGCCUCCCUCGGUGCAAGUCCGAGGGGACCCUGAUCGACCUGAGCGAAGGGUUCUCAGAAACGAGCUUUAAUGACGUCAAAGUGCCUUCUCCCAGUGCCUUGCUAGCAGACAAUCCCACACCUUUCGGAAAUGCAAAGGAGGUGAUUGCAAUCAAGGACUACUGCCCAACCAACUUCACCACCCUGAAGUUCUCCAAGGGUGACCAUCUCUAUGUCUUGGACACGUCUGGCGGGGAGUGGUGGUAUGCACACAAUACCAUGGAAAUAGGCUACAUCCCCUCCUCCUAUGUGCAGCCCUUAAACUACCGGAACUCCACACUGAGUGACAGCGGGAUGAUAGACAAUCUUCCAGACAGCCCAGACGAAGUAGCCAAGGAGUUAGAUUUGCUCGGAGGAUGGACAGAUGAAAAGGGCUCCAGCAAAACCUACAGUAAUAACCCCUUCUGGAGUGGGGCCCAGACAAACCCCUUUCUGAAUGGCAACGGGCCGGUGAUGCCCAGUGUGGGUGAGCUGACCCCCAGAAGUAAUGUGGAUUUGCUGCUUUUUGAUACAGGCACAUCUUCCUUCACUGAAUCCAGCUCAGUGACCACAAACAGCACUGGCAACAUCUUUGAUGAGCUGCCGGCCGCACAUCGACUCCACGCAGAGCUGCCAGUCAAGAGGGACAACCCGUUUUUCAGAAGCAAACGCUCCUACAGUCUGUCAGAACUCUCUGUCCUGCAGGCAAAGUCCGACACUCCUGCAUCAUCGGGGUUUUUCACAGGCUUGAAAUCACCGGCCCCAGAGCAAUUCCAGAGCCGGGAGGACUUCCGAGCCGCCUGGCUGAGCCACCGGAAGCUGGCCCGGUCCUGCCACGACUUGGAUAUGCUGGGCCAAAGCCCAGGAUGGGGCCAGACCCAAGCGGUGGAGACCAACAUCGUAUGCAAGCUGGACAGUACCGGGGGUGCCGUGCAGCUGCCGGACACCAACAUCAGCAUCCACGUGCCCGAGGGCCACGUGGCUCCGGGCGAGACACAGCAGAUCUCCAUGAAAGCCCUGCUGGACCCCCCACUGGAACUCAACAGUGACCGGUGCAGCUGUGUCAGCCCUGUGUUGGAGGUGAAGCUGAGCGCUCUGGAGGUGAGGACCUUUAUCAUCUUAGAGAUGAAAGUUUCAGCCGAGGUGAAAAAUGACAUUUUUAGCAAAAGCACGGUGGGCCUCCAGUGCCUGAGGAGUGACUCGAAGGAGGGGCCGUACCUCCCCAUCCCACUCACCUACAGCUAUGGGGACACGGUCCAGGUGCAGCUGGACAACCUGGAGCCCUGUAUGUACCUGGCCAUUGUUGCCCAUGGCCCAAACAUUCUCUACCCUUCCACAGUGUGGGACUUCAUCAAUAAGAAAGUCACAGUGGGGCUCUAUGGCCCCAAACACAUUCACCCGUCCUUCAAGACCGUGGUGACCAUUUUUGGGCAUGAUUGUGCCCCAAAGACUCUCCUGGUUAGCGAGGUCACCCGCCAGGCCCCUAGCCCAGCCCCAGUGGCACUCCAGCUCUGGGGCAAACACCAGUUUGUCCUGUCCAGGCCCCAGGACCUCCAAGUCUGCAUGUUUUCCAACAUGACCAAUUACGAGGUCAAAGCCAAUGAGCAGGCCAAAGCGGUGAGGGGGUUCCAGGUGAAGCUGGGCAAGGUGAGCCGCCUCAUCUUCCCCAUCACCUGCCAGAACCCCGGCGAGCUCUCCGACUUCACCCUGAGGGUCCAGGUGAAAGACGACCAGGAGGCCAUCCUGACCCAGUUUUGCGUGCAGACUCCCCAGCCGCCCCCCAAAAGUGCUGUCAAGCCAUCUGGGCAAAGACGGUUUCUCAAGAAGAACGAGGUCGGGAAGAUCAUUCUGUCUCCGUUUGCUGCCACCACCAAGUACCCGACCUUCCAGGACCGGCCGGUGUCCAGUCUCAAGUUCGGCAAGUUGCUGAAGACGGUGGUGCGACAGAGCAAGAACCACUACCUGCUGGAGUACAAGAAGGGGGAUUCCAUCGCCCUGCUCAGCGAGGAGAAGAUCCGCCUCAAGGGGCAGCUCUGGACCAAGGAGUGGUACAUCGGCUACCACCAGGGGAAGGUGGGCCUCGUGCACGCCAAGAACGUGCUCGUGGUGGGCAAGGCCCGGCCGAGCCUUCUCUCGGGGCCCGAGCUCAGCACCUCGGUGCUGCUGGAGCAGAUUCUGCGGCCCUGCAAGUUCCUCACCUACAUCUACGCUUCCGUGCGCACGCAGCUCAUGGAGAACAUCAGCAGCUGGCGCUCCUUCGCCGAUGCCCUGGGCUACGGGGACCUGCCGCUCACCUUCUUCUGCCGGGCGGAGCUGGACAGUGAGCCCGAGCGUGUGGCGUCCGUCCUGGAGAAGCUGAAAGAGGACUGUAACAACGCAGAGAACAGGGACCGGAAAUCGUUCCAGAAGGAGCUCAUGAUGGCCCUACUGAAAAUGGACUGCCAAGGCCUGGUGGUCCGACUCAUCCAGGACUUCGUGCUCCUGACCACGGCCGUUGAGGUGGCGCAGCGCUGGCGGGAACUGGCCGAGAAGCUCGCCAGGGUGUCCAAGCAGCAGAUGGACGCAUACGAGUCUCCGCACCGGGACAGGAACGGGGUUGUGGACAGCGAGGCCAUGUGGAAACCCGCCUAUGACUUUUUACUAACCUGGAGCCACCAGAUAGGGGACAGCUACCGGGACGUCAUCCAGGAGCUGCACACAGGCCUGGACAGGAUGAAAAACCCCAUCACCAAGCGCUGGAAGCACCUCACGGGGACACUGAUCCUGGUGAACACCCUGGACAUUCUGAGAGCCGCUGCCUUCAGUCCUGUGGACCAUGACGACUUUGUGAUUUGAACGGGCUGCCCCCUACCUGCUGCUGCUCUGGGGCCCGUGCCCUCCACCUGCCCUGGAUGCCCGUGCUGGAUGGGGCUGGAGCUGGGGAGGGAAGAGGGUCAGCUGCUCAGACAGACGCUGGGGCCCUCCAGGGGGGCCACCCCCAAGAACCAAGCACACGCAAUGCUCCACGGUCUCCUCCUCCCCAGGGGAGGCCCCAAGGGAAUUUCUAGUGCAGGUUGUUGCCAAUCAAAUAGCUUUCUAUUUGUUAAGUAUACAUUUAAAUUUAAAAUCACUUUUUUUAAAGUAUGGGGGGACGCAUAUGAGAAAGGUAGUAUCUAAUUUUUUAACGGACCAUAAAAUUAAAAAAAAAAAAUUAAGUAGAGGCAGAUGCUGUUGAGGUUUUUAUGUUCUAUAAAGACCUUUUUAAAUUAUGUUACAGGUGUAUCUAUUUAAGGUCAUUGGGGGGCAUUUCUGAUCCCCAGCCACACUGCAUUUCAACACUGAGCACAGAAACACACUUGUGUAUGUGUUGAACCUUUUUCUGCUCCACACUUAUAAAGAGUGAAUCAAAUAGGAAUUGCAAUGUUUCAGUAAAUGAGUGCAGCCAUGGCAUUCUUUCUGAGAAUGUCCCAGGUCCCACUCACCCCUCUUAUUUUAUUCUGCUCCUCAUUUUUGCCUCACGUUGCAGUAAAUGAUCAACUAGGAAGCUUGGUUGAGGUUUAAUUGGGCAGAGUUCAAUCUACCAGAACGAUUAGGUGCCCUUGAAAUGAGGUGGCAGCUAGGAGUCGACGGUCUUUAUAGCCCCUGCCUGUGUGCAGUUAGUCAUUCGAAAGAAGAAUGCCAUUGCCAGUGAGGUAGGUGGUCCCUACUCCUCCGAGAUGCCAUUGUCCCGUUCCUUACUGGGGCAGGGAGUGUUCCCUGCAAGGCUGGAAGCCCCUCCUCUCUGUGGGCCUGAAGGAAACUUCCCACAAGGGACACCUUCGCUGGUGUGCAAAGGUGCUGGCUGCCAUUUGCCAAAUCUCUACUCUAUUUCACCUAAAAUUUAACCCGUCUCUCUUCCUGGUAUACCCACGUCUCCUAGGGACUAAAUAGUCUAAGGGAAACCAUCUUUCUAUACAGUAUAAAGAUGAUCUGAGCAGGAUGAAUGCUACAUAAAAAUGAAAAUGUUUCCCCCGUGGAACCAGGGACGUGGCAGGGGGUUGCAUCGAUGACCCUUACGGCUGUAGAUCAGGGUGGAGCAUGCUGUAUUGAGUUCUGGGAUUACACUCUAGUGAUGGCAUCUCCAAAGGGCAUAAGGGGCAGGAUCGAAGAAACAUCUGGCAAUCCAGGAAUGUGCCAGGACAUGCACCAUCUUUUAGGACAUGAUGUCAGCCAUCUGGGAAUCUUGACUCUUCAUUCUCUAAAUCUGUUUUCUUGAAACAUGUCGAUUAGUAUAGUCAAGGUAUAAUCCCUUCUUGGGCUGAAACAUUGUUACAUAUCUAUUGAUUCAGAUACUGAAGACCAACUGGCUAAAAACAACAACACACACAGACCAAAAGAAAACACUACGUCCCUUAAACUGCAAGAACCGAGACACACCCGCCCUGCCCACCACACAGAUCAACCUUAAACUCUGCUUCUCAACUCUCCGCCUUCAUCCUUCCCAGAGAUCAUCUCACCUUUUCCCCAAAAAAGAAACAAACCAGUUGCACCUUAAACCAUGGAUAUUUUUCCUCAGGGGCUUUAAACAGUUUCCUAUGCAACAUGUCUUGUAGCACAAAUUAAAUUCUACAAAAGUUGCAGUAAAUUUUAUUUGGAUAUUUUAACCUA